CCGCCGGCGGCCGCUGGGGUUGGUUGCGCCGGGCAGUGGCGGGUGCGCGGGAGGGAGGGGCGGGGGGUCCUGAGGCUCCGCUGUCACCGCCGCGCUCCCGCCAGGCCCGGCCCAGCCCCGUCCGCCCGCCCGCGGCGCGGCAGGACCAUGUCGGCCACGGACGAGCGGGCCAAGGAGAUCCUCCGCGGCUUCAAGCUAAACUGGAUGAACCUUCGGGAUGCAGAAACAGGGAAAAUCCUCUGGCAAGGAACAGAAGAUCUGUCUGUACCUGGAGUGGAGCAUGAAGCUCGAGUUCCUAAAAAAAUCCUGAAAUGCAAAGCAGUAUCUCGGGAGUUAAACUUUUCCUCAGCAGAACAAAUGGAAAAAUUCCGUCUGGAACAGAAAGUUUAUUUCAAAGGGCAGUGUCUAGAAGAAUGGUUCUUUGAAUUUGGUUUUGUGAUUCCUAACUCCACAAACACUUGGCAGUCCUUGAUAGAGGCAGCACCUGAAUCACAGAUGAUGCCAGCUAACGUUUUAACUGGUAAUGUUAUUAUAGAAACCAAAUUCUAUGAUGACGAUCUUCUCGUAAGCACUUCCAGAGUGAGACUUUUCUACGUUUGAGAUGGGGCUUUUUGGAGCUGUUUUAGUUUUCCUCCAUACAGUUCUUGGUGCAGAACCCCCCCGACUAUCCAGUGGAAGACACUCCUGUAGGCAGUGACCCUGGGGACCAGCUCAGCGUGGGUUGUGACCUUUGCCCAUCAGUUCUUUUGCUUUCUUCUCUGACAAGACCAGACCAAAUCCUCAGAGACGGGGCCAUCUGCUUAGCGAUGCCCUCAGGAAGAGAGGCUGUCUCUGAACACAGGCAAGCGAUGGUCGUGCAGAACCAAUACUGUAAAUUUAUGUUAGUCUCAUCCUUUCUACUUCUCUGGACCCUGGUAUAAUCUCCCAUUUCCACUCACACCGAACUCUCAAUGCUUUUAUUUUGGGGUUAAGUUAACCUUUUCAUCUUUCUCAUGUUGUAGAUUUUUAUCCUUUCGCUGGAUUUCUGUGUAACUGGUCCACACAUCCUCUUACCCCAAACUUGUAAAAUAGACUGUGAUAUCACCUAAUGUAAUUAAAACAAAUUUCUCAAUUAAAACAUUCCUACCGUCCAAAGAAGGGAAAAAAUGUCA